CGCACAUUUACAAACACACAACAGUGAUGGCGUCCAGAAUUAUCAACAUCACUGUUGCUACCCAAAAAGUAUUGUCUGCCUUUGUUUACAUAGACGUCUAGAUUCUGUGCUAUAUACUUAUUGAUCUAGGUAAAAGCUGCAUUAUCACAAUUUGGAGGAAGACAGCAUAAAAAAAUUGGACAGGCCUAUCAAUGAAUGAAAUUCUAUCAAAGGCAAAAGACAGAGGAAUGGAGAAAGACGGUUGAUAGAUCUUGACUAUUCUUGACCAUCUUGUUUGUGCCCCGACGGUCCAACAGACGUCAUUUAGGGAUAGAUGAAGAUUUAUGAUAUCGUCUGCUGCACAGGAUGGAAGUUACCUGUUGGCUUAUUGCUCUGUUUGUCAUCUUGCUGUUGGCAUUUGCUUUUGUCCACUAUAUGACAUCAUCUCAUGGCAUAUUUGAGAAGCUGGGAAUUGACAUUCCUCCAAAGUCUCCUGUUCUGGGUCAUUUUGGUCAUUCCUUAAAGUAUGGAGUUUUUGAUGUUCAAACAGUCUUUUAUAAGCAAUUCAAGGACAAAAAGGUGUAUGGCUGGUAUGACACCAGGACCCCGAUACUAGUGGUCAAAGACUUGGACAUGAUCAAAGACAUCUUGGUAAAAAACUUCAAUUAUUUUGUUGACCGCAGAGUGCCCAUGGAGCAUGAUGAGCCAUUCAGAGACAACUUACUGACCCUGCGAGGUGACCGCUGGAAACAUGUCAGAAUCAGCGUGAGUCCGACCUUUAGCUCAGGGCGAAUCAAGAAAAUGUCACCGCACAUUGAGAGAAAUGCCAAAAUUUUACUGGGAAAUUUGAAGGAGAAACAGGAGAGUGGCCAGGAAGUCGAACUUAAAGAAAUGUGCGGAUUUUUUGCUUUGGAUACGAUUGCCAGUAUUGCUUUUGGAAUUGACAUUAAUACAUUAAAAAACCCAGAAAACAAAUUUGCCCAGGAGACCAAGAAAAUCACUAACCCAAAUCCACUUCUGUUUGCUAUUGCAGUUUUCUUUCCAGUUCUGGCCCCUUGGCUCACAAGAUUUGGUCUCCCCUUUUUCCCUAAUAAAUCUAUGAAGUACUUGGCCAGUGUUGUGGACUCUGUUAUUGCUGCUAGGAAAAGAGAUGGUACAGAAGGAACUGUAAAUGACUUUCUAGAUUUGGUCACAUCUGAAGCUCAGGAGCAAGGAGUUAAAGAAAGACUAUCACUCUCUGAGAUCCACGCCCAGUCCAUUAUCUUCAUCUUUGGUGGUCUGGAGACAAUCUCUACUGUCAUGUCCUUCACCUUGUUCCUACUAGCAGUACACCCAGAAUGCCUUGAGCGUGCUCAAAAGGAAGUGGAUGAAAAAAUUGGCAAAGACUUUCCAUGUUUUGAAAAUGUUCAGAAUCUUCACUACCUGGACAUGUGUAUCAACGAAGCCAUUCGUAUGGUUCCUCCUGGCAUAUUCCUUGACCGUCAAUGUGUCGAAUCUAUAGAUAUAAAUGGUGUACACAUCCCUAAAGGUAUGGUGGUGCUGAUUCCAGUUUACGCCAUCCACAAUGAUCCUAGUUUUUGGCCAGAGCCAGAAAAAUUUGAUCCUGAGCGGUUCACACCUGAAAACAAAGAAACUCGUCAUCCUUAUUCCUAUCUACCUUUUGGACAGGGUCCCAGAAAUUGUAUUGGAAUGAGGCUGGCUCUCAUGGAGCUGAAGAUAGCAAUAGCGGCAGUGCUGCAGAGAUAUACACUUGUCCCAAGUAGCAAAACAGUGUACCCAUUUCAUUUGAGCAAAAUACAAGCCAGGACUACAGACGGAGCCUGGGUGAAAAUUAAUCCAAGAAAAUAGAAAAUAAAUGAUAUUGAUCCUUUAUUCUUAUACAAUCUUUAUAUAGAAUAACAAAUAUCAUUGGACAAUGAUUUCAAUUGUGAUCAAAUAAAAAACAUCAUUUCAGUCUUCAGUGUAACAUUAAAAAUGUUACAAAAAAUAAAUGUUACUCUAGAAGAGAUUAUGACACUGUAACCACAAUAAAAUGUAAUUCAUUUAUAAAUACUUUAUUAUAUACAGUCACAGAAUCUUGUUUUUAUACUCACAAAAAUUUUAAUGAAUAUCACUUGUAUUGCAUGAAAUGGAAACAUUAAAAGUUUAUUCAUUUUGUUAAUAUUACAAAAAACAAAACAAAAUAUAUAUUUAUUAUUUUAUAAAACCAAAGACUUGUUUUCUACUAUUUAUAUUCAUUUAAUUAUUAGGGAUUAUAAAAGUGAUACUGAUUAAAAGAAAUACUAAUUCAGUUUAGAAUUCUGUAAGACCAAUUCAAUUUAGUUUAUACCUUGAGUGGUUGUUGGGAUGUGUGUACUACAGACUAAGGUUGAACUUGCAAUCAUGAAAGAGGCUUGUAGGGCCUACUAAGUUGGUAUAGAAUGUUGUACAUUUUGAAAAACCAACAAUAAAUGGGCUGAAAUAAUUUAAA